AUGGCAGAGAGGGCUGAUAGAGGGGAAGUAUCGGCCGCCGUGUCGGCAGCGGUAAAACGGUGGUUAGGGGUGUACACUCGGAUUUACCAAUUACCUUACCAUGCUCAGCAAAUCAGAGUUCAAUUAACAAAUUUCAUAGAUGCCCGGCCAUGUAAAGGCCGGUGAACACAUAACCUAGAAACACACCGUACGUGAAAUAUCGUUUUGACUCUCUAUUUGAAAAGUGUUUUUUUUUUUCCUCUUUUGUGUAACAGUUAUACAACAUUUCCUUUUCCAUUUCCGAUCGAUAUAUAUUGAACGCCCGUUAUUCCUGUUGCAUGUGUGACGUAGCUUUACUUUAUAUGAUAAUACGGGAUCGUAUGUGUUGUGUUUAUGGAAAUUUUUUUUUUUACUUUAAUACUUUAAUGGAGUUGAUGUUUUUAAUAUCGAGGUUAGGGAAUAUUAUCGUAUUCCCAGAUCGGAUAUAACACUAUUUAUUAAUUUCCAUCAUAUACAGUAAUUAAUAUUCUAUAAAUGAAUUGAGAAAAACGUAGUAGAAGUUGUUUUAUUCGAGGCUUGUACAAUCGUUGAAGCUACUUAUGUUACAAUUACAAAGUACAGAAGUACGAAUCCUCCAGUUGUAUGGGAAAAAGGAGUGCAUUGUUGUCGCGCGUGCCGAUUCGUACGACAAUUAAAACUGGCGGGCAAUCUGGCUCGGUCUCCCGUGGUGGUGGGUGGUAGCGGCGGCGGCGGUGGAGGCAGUGGAAGCGGCGGCGGAGGAGGAGGUGCUGCUAAUGGUGGUAAUAACGGCAGCAACGGGGGUGGAUCUGGCGGCGGCGGUGCCCGGGGCGCAGAGCCGGCUGCCGCUUCCACCGUGUCCGUGGCCGUGGAUAAUGUUGCCGGUCAACCGAGUGGCCCUCAGAUAAUCGAAUGGGAGGAGACCGAUCGUUACUCCUUCGAUGACUCCGAUCGCUUCGAAGAGGAUUCUUUGUGCAGCUGGAGCAGUGAGCCGGAAUCGCUGUGUAACAAUUGGAGGGGAUGGCGACGACCUACCGCUGGUUUCGGUACCACCAAGAAGUCAGAAGAGUUAUGCAUUGUCACCGCGUCCGCAAGAUGAACAUGUGGCGAUGCAUUGUAAUUCUCGCGUCUCUUUAACCGCCGUUCAAGAUGCCCGCAUAUCCUAUGACGCAUAUAAAUUCCACGGCCCGUUGGCUCGAGUAAGCAAGAGACAAAGUAGAAAAAGAAAACUGACCAGGGAUUUCAUCAGGAACCGAGAAGCCUCUUUAAAAGGAUUAACGCCGUCGAUUCGGCCAGAAUCUUUAAGCAGAGUUUCGAAUCUCGGCUUCCAAUCGAGAAACGAACGUUUGGUACGGUCCAGUGUGUCUGGCCAGGCACACGCGUGUAUCUACUUGGAACAGGGGGGAAGUCAGAUUUCACUUCAUCCUCACUGCUUCUCUCCCUGGUGUGUGUAUACUCCGUUCCUUUUUCUCCACGGUCCUUGCUCCGCGGCGAAGCGAUCAAGGCCGAGAAAAAGACUAAAUGGAGAACGAGACAGCGAGGCAGAGAACAAAUCGCACUCGCUCUCAUUUGCGCGCGUAAACACAGCCGAGAUUUCGUGGUGGCUACCUCCGUCGGCGACCGGAUGUUAUCACGCGAAACAGUUUACCGGCUAAAAUAUGUUAAUUGCUUGCGUGCCCGGCGAAUUAACGUGUUCGUUUCAGAGAGUCUUCGACCGGAGUAUUCGGGGAAUUUUACAAUCGGCGCGUAAAAGGUAAUUUUCAUCAGCGUUCCGAGUCGCGGGUUGACCUAAUUUUAACACACGGCGUUGAAAGUAUUGGAAUAAAAUGGUGGAACGGAAAGAUCUGAUGGAAAAUUUCAAGAAACUUUGCAACUGCGAAUUAUUUAACUCGUUCGGUCUAUCUUUUUGCUUCUCACGUGCCCUUUUCUUGCGAAACUCAAGGCUUCGAAAAAGUCAUGACUUGUUCGUUUUCAAUCUUUUUUUUUUUUUUUUUUUUUUUUCACACAUAAUACUGAAAAAUAUCUGUUGAUUAAUUUCCAAAUAAAAUGAUAAAGAAUUAAAGAAAAAGCAUGUGUUUGUAAAAGAAUUUAUUUCUGUUUAAUAUCAUUCAGUCUUUCAGUGGUCGCUCUAUACAAGAAUCAAAGAUUAUAAAAAUCUCCGAUUUUUUUUUUAACACAUUCGCGCGAUAUAGAGAGCGUUCGUAACGGUUGUUCGGUUAACGUGUGAGAGUAUUUUUAGACACGGUUCAUUUGCGACCAUGUACGAAGAUACAGCGAGUGUGUUGCGCUUUAAUUUUCCGUUAAUAAGCGUGCACACGCGUACGCGCGCUGGGCUCAAAACGGUUUCCCUCGUCGCCGGUUACGAUACGAAGCGUUCCCUUCUUUUAUUUACACCUCUUUAAGAAUUACGACCACGUAGAGAAAGUAUCUCAUUUUACUUUCUCGGCGCAUGCGCGCACGCGGCGCGCAUACGUUUAGAAAGUACUAUGCGCUCCUUCCUGGAGACGUGUUCUCCUCUGUCCCUUUGUGCUCCACCGACACACGGGUCACGUCGGUUUUCCACACGAUCCCGCUUCUGCUUAGAAUUUUCAAGGUUAUCCUUUAUCUGCAACUGUUCACGCGACGCUAAUUCGUUACAUUCGGAUCAGUCGCGAACGAUGAAUGAUGAAACGCGAAACUUAACCUUUGAACUUGAACUUCGUCGCGGAUUCCCAAGGCCAAUUCUAAAUCUGAUAUAUUACAAGAGACGAACUACGUUGAAGAUUCCUCGAUCUGUAAAUUCAAAGGAAUGGAAAUGAGUAAAUCGUGUGUAUAUUUAUAUAUAUAUAUACUUGCAGGCAAAGUGAGGUUUUUUAGAUUUUCUGUUCUUGCAGUUAUUAAGGACAAAGUGUGUUUUGCAUCGAUGUUAAUUUUCAUUAAAAUCACACGUACCUAUUUCUCUUUACAUUUAAUAUUUAACGUAUAUUUACGUAUUAAGGCUGAAGUCGAAGGGAUUAGAUUCAAUUCAAGGUUCGAGAGCAUCGGUUCGAAAACAUCGGAUUUGUAA